CAAUAAUGCACCCAUCUUCUCUAUAUACAUAUAUACACACAAGAGUUUCAUCAGAUCCAUCACCAACAAAUUUAUAUUAGUAUUACACAGCACAAAGAGAGAGAGAGGGAAAGAGAAAUGUAUACAUACAUCGACUAGUUAGUUCAAGAUUACACAGAAUCAAUUUAACUCAACUGAGCCAUCAUGGGUCGAUCUCAAGAACGGGGUCAGGGUCAGGGUCCGAUAUACAACAUGCGGUUAUCGACGGUGGGUGCAGCCAGACCAACAGAAACUGGUGCGACCCACGAACCAACCGGUUUAGACCUAGCUAUUAAGCUCCACUAUCUCAAGGCGGCGUAUAUUUACAUGCCCGAGAUGGCACGUGACUUGACCGUGAAACACGUGAAGGACGCUAUGUUCACACUGUUCGACCAUAUAGCAUGGACCACAGGGAGGUUAUGGCGGAGAGACUCGGGGCGUCCGUACAUCAAAUGCAACGACUGCGGUGCGCGUUUCGUGGAAGGUGAAUGCAAUUUCACGGUGGAAGAGUGGCUUAGUAAACCGGACCGGUCAGCUGAUGAGUUUCUUGUUUACCAUCGACCUGUUGGACCAGAGUUGCCUUUCUCUCCACUGAUCUAUGUUCAGAUGACCCGGUUUAAGUGCGGAGGAUUAGCCUUCGGUCUGAGCUGGGCCAACAUCAUGGGAGAUUCAUUCUCUUUACACUAUGCCUACAGCUUAUGGGCUAAGGCCCUUUUAGGGGAAAAGAUCUUUGCCCCGGAAACCUCUACUAUUGAGAGAAAGAAUCUGAACCCAAACCCAACGUUUAAAGACCCGGAAUCAAUAAAACGGGUUGACCCGGUUGGAGAUCUCUGGAUCACUCCGAAUAACAAGAAAAUGUCGAAUUACUGUUUCAACCUCGCAAUCGCCGACAAAAUCUCACCACAUUUUCCGGCGAACGGAGAUGAUCAGAUUCCGGUGUUCGAGAUUCUCGCCGGAAUCAUUUGGAAAUGCAUAGCUAGGGUUAGAGAAGAACCAGAGCCUGUAACUGUUACGAUCAUCAGAAAGGAUCCUAACGAUCAGAAACCAAUCAGAUCGAUUCGAAACGGUCAGAUGAUAAGCUCCGUCCACGUGGAUUUUCCGGUGGCUGAGGCGAGCGUGGAUGAGUUAGUGAGAAGUAUCGAGAAAGCGACGGACGAGAGAUCUGGAAUCGAUGAGAUCGGAGAGAGCUGUGGUGGGAGUUUAGAUUUCGUUGUAUACGGAGCGAAGUUGACGUUUGUGGAUUUGUGUGAAGUGGAUUUGUAUGAGGCGAAAGUGAUGGGGAAGUCGCCGGAAUCAGUGUACUGUAAUGUUGAGGGGAUUGGGGACGAGGGAUUGGUAGUUGUUUACGCGGCGGCGAAAUCGGAGGAGAGGGUUGUGAUGAUGACGUUGCCGGAAGAGGAGAUGGAGAGGGUAAAAUCGGAAUUUAAGAAAUUUGGUUUGAUCGCGUCAUAAGUGUUGAUGAUUAAGUAAUAAGUAAACGUGAAAAGAUGAAAUGUUUGUUGUUGCUUCUUUCCUUUCGUGAUUUAAGGUUUGAUGUGCUGCUUAAUUAUCUGUUUCAGCUUUAUCUGCUGGUGAAUGAUCUGUUAAGCGAGUAUUGUAACGUUGUUAUAGAAUUAAAUUAAAUAAUCUUUCGUAUGGUA